ACAUUUUGGUUGUCGACUUUUGACGGAACAUGGUGUCAUCAGGUUGCAAAGCAGGCGGUGUCAUCACCAUACUUGUUGUAAUAGCUGCAUAUUUGUUCAAGCGUCAAGCAGACGAAGCAUUGCGAGAGCGGGUACAUCAAGUGUUGUCCGGGUUACUGCGGGCCGAAAGAAAGGUUCCGCAUCCAAAGUUUCGGGUCGCAAUCGGAUUUGGAGGAUGUCAAGAUUUAGUUGCUGAUGGCCUAGAAUUGUUGGACAAAAUGCACAUUGGUCCACCAGACAACCCAACCCAUUUCCAUUCGGUUACAAACACAACGGAACUUGCACAGUUGAUGGGGUUCUUCUUCAGGCACGGGGCUGCUGCAGAGCGAUACAUUUCCAACGAAACACUGUUCAAGGAGCUAGUAGCCAAGGCAGACAGUCUGUCACAUCGGGUGUGGGCACUGGGAGGUAAUGCCCCAGUCAUGGCUAACAGAUUAGCUAGAGAAGGAUUGGAUGUACUGCUUGGAGCGAGACUUACUCCCAACAUGGCAAAAGCACUUGAUUCAAGUAUUAAAGUUUUCGGGGAGGAAACCUGCGUCGGGAGGAUCCAUCUCCUUAUGGAAUAUAAGGCAGGGACCCGCACGUGGGGACAGUACACAGCACCAUGGGCCAACAGACUGAUCGUACACAGUGACUCGUUGAACCCCUUUCUAGAUUCUCUGGAGGAGUUUCAGGAACAGCUCAAAACAUACAAUGCCGACCUGCUGAUUGUCGGUGGGCUCCAAAUGAUGGACAACUUCCCGUUUAAAGAUGGAAAAAGACAAGAAAGAGUGAAGAAAUUAGAAUCAACUCUUGCAAACGUUCCUCAAAAGACCCAGAUUCAUUUUGAGCUGGCAUCCUUCACAGACAAAAGCCUCAUGGAGGAGAUAUAUGAAAGUGUGGUCCUCUACUCAGACUCACUCGGGAUGAACGAACAGGAACUGCCGAACCUCGUGAGUAUGAUGACAGGUGGGAACGUCACGCUUCUCUCUGACAGCCAUCCCAGAAUAGCAACAUCCCUCGACCAGAUGAGGUUGGUCUACAACAUCCUGAAAAACACCAAAGAGACCGGGGGACGAAGAAAACUAACACGCAUCCACUUACAUACUCUUGCCUACCAAGCAAUCCUUACGAAAAAAGGCACAGCAUGGAAAAACACAAUGUCUGCUGCGGCCAAGGCUGCCCUCACUGCUCAUCGCCAUGUCUGCGGGUCUCAGUAUAUUCAUGUGGAGAAAGCCAAGUUGAUAGUGGAUGAUUCAUUUUCAUCCAGUAAAAGUGAUCCCAAGCCACAAAGGAUCCCCAUCAAGGAUAAUCGUCCAGUCACCUGUUGGGACGAGGAGGACUAUGAGAUCUGCAUUGCGCCGGUGCUGGUGUGCACGCAGGUGUUGCAGACAGGGGGUGGGGACAACGCCUCAUCAGCUGGUCUGGUUCUGCAGCUGUGUAGAGAGAACCCUUCCUUAUCCUAA